UUUUAUAUUUCUCUUCACUCCACAUCCCUUUCCAGGCACUGAAAAGAGCAUUUUCAAGUUACAGCCGGUCAGAGCAAGCUUUGCAGAAGGGGGUGUGUUGAAAACUGGCAGAGCUGUCUCCCACGUGUGUACGUCCCUGUGUGUGUGUGUCCACCCACCAUCCGUCCGUCCGUCCGUUUGAGAAGUACAACUGGGUCGUCUGUGGAAGGGAACUGGUUUGUGGCAUCACUGCUCAGCUGUGGGACAGAAGGCUGCCAGGCGCUAAACACGCGCUGAGAGAAACGACAUAGUGACGACCGUGAGAGAGAGAGACAGCGAAGAAGAAAAGAUGCUACCCAAGUGCAGACUGGGUAAACGCUCCACCAUGGGAGCCCUGGUGUGUGGUCCCUGUCAUCCCACCGAUGGCCAUCAGGUGGCGCUGCAACAGCAGCAGGGAGAGAGUGACGGAGGGGCCAUCGCUGCCGGGUGUCUAGGAGUCCCACCCAGACCACAUGGGGUCAUCAGAGUCAAGCUACACCCAGGACAGAAGGUGUAUGUGUACAGCGGUGGCCAGGAGUGCUGUGGUGUGGUGGAGCAACACAACCACGUGGACAACCAGGUGUCCAUCUUCCUGCCGCACCUCAGCCAGCACAUCGUGAGGAAGCAGGAGGACGUGUGGACCUUCCCCAACCCCCCGCUCGCCACCGCCCACCACGCCACGCGCUCCGUCUCCUCCUGCAUAGACGUACCAAAGACCAGCUACAGAAGCCCAGAGUCGGUGGAGAUGGACGAGAUGAUGGCGGCGAUGGUGCUGACCAGCCUGUCCUGCAGUCCCCUCCUGCAGAGCCCCUCGCACGUGGACACAGCCGUUGGCAUGAUGGAAUGUGGCGGUGGCGAGCUGUCGGACAGCGGCAGCAGCGGCUACUGGAGCUCCGACCAUGGCAACACCAGCCCCGCCCCCUCCCCCACCAACGACGAAUCAGAGAGGGCCGUGGCACCGCCCGUCGACGAGGGAUUGGACAUGGAGCUGGAGCAGGUCCUGUUUGACGAGCCAGCACCGCGGAAACGAAAGAACUCGGUGAAGGUGGGGUACCGGUGUCUGUGGCCCAGCUGUGGCAAAGUUCUGACCUCAGUCGUGGGCAUCAAGCGGCACAUCCGAACACUGCACUUGGGGCAGAGCAUGGAGCAGGAGCGUUCCCAGAGGGAGGAGGACUUCUACUACACAGAGAUCUACCAGGACCUGGACCAAGCAACACCAGCCCUCAGCACCACCCCUUCCACCUCCUCCUCCAUCCCCACUUCCUCCUCCAUCUCCACUUCCUCAUCCUCCUCCUCCUCUUCCCAGCCUUCCUGCGCCUCCCCUGCCAUCCCAAUCCAGCAGUCCUCCUCCUCCAUCUCCACCUCCUCCGCCAACUCAGGAGUAGACGCCAGCCCCCUGAGUCGCUCCGCUCCGUCUGAAAGCUUCUGGCAGGUCCACUGUGAACACUCCUACCAGGCACCUGCGCCUCCUGCCCCCCAGGCAACCCUCUCCGCCUCCCCCGCCUGCCGAUGGACACCCUCCCUCACCGUCACCCCAAACAAACAGGCGGCGUCCUUCCGCAACCGCUCAGUGAGCGUGGGAGAGCAGUGGCUGCAGAACCACAGCGCCUCCAGCAGGUCAUUCCCCGCCAGUGCCUCACCUCCCAGAGGCCACUGUAACACCAGAAAGGUCCGCGGCGAGGCCAAGAAAUGCCGGAAGGUGUACGGCAUCGAGCACCGCGACCAGUGGUGCACCGCCUGCCGCUGGAAGAAAGCCUGCCAGCGCUUUGUGGACUGAGAAGAACAAAAGGAAGAAGAAGAAGAUGAUGAUGAAGAGAGAGAGAGAGAGAAGGAAAAGAAAACAAGAAGAAAACGUGUGACUGAGACUGAGCAAAAGAGAGAGAGUGGACACCUGUUUUCUUGUCAGAGUGUAGAGAGGGCUCUUCCAGGAUCAUGAGGACAGGCUUACCACACAAACCAGAGCAGCACCUUGUAUGUCUCUUUUUGUUAGUUGUUUUGUUUUUUGUUUCUUUAAAAAAACAAACAAAGGAAAAACAACUUUUGUACUCUUAACUUUUGUUGAUCUCUCUUGUUUUUGAUGUUUAUUUUUUUAUACUUGCAUGCUUUCUGUGUUAAGAUUUUUUUUUUAAACUCUAAUUGUAUGUCGAUGACAGCAUUAUUUGCAAUUGUGUUUGGGUGCUGAAGAUGCGUAAGGGGGUAAAGAGCUAUUAGACAGAGCAACUAGACUGCCGUACCCCCGUCUAUAAGUAAGUGGACCUGUCUGACUGGAGAGGUGUGCCCCCUCUAUCUGACCUGUUUACCUGUCUGAGUGUGGAGAGCACUGUCCCAACAUCUCACCUGUUGAAUUGUGGAGAAGUGAGUGGUGUCUGGAAACUGGUGUGUGUUCGCUUGAGGACCCCCCCUCUCCCCUCUCCCCCCAAAUAGCACCUGCCAUCCCAGGGACAGGUGAGGAGGUGCUCCCCGAUUCCUAUCUGCACCUGUCUGAUGGUGGAGAGGUGAGAUCUUUAUCAUGACCACCUUUUAUGGUCUUCCUCUCCCAUUGGGAACGCUGUGCACCUACGCAAGAGUGAGCUGUUCCUGUGCAAUGAAUGGAUCGGUGUGUCUGUGGGGCCACUGACUAUCAAGCUAUGAGGAUUUCCUUAGUGGCCACAGUAGGGCUUGUGCAUGGGGCACUCGUAUUUUCAAAGAUCUAAGGGUCGCCUCCAGACCUGGCCAAAAACAUACAGCUGCCCACAAAAUGAGGUGCUAUAGUUCCUCUCAGUCAUCCCUCUCCUUUCUGAGUGUG